UUUUUUUUUUAAGUAUGAUUGGUUCUGAGAGGCCUUCAGAAAGCAGUGACUUAGUGGUCCCCUUGUGACCAAUAAAUACCCCAGUGGAGACAUUUAAAAGUGUUUCUUAUAGGCCUGAUAUUUCCUUGCCUCAUCUUAAAGAUUGGAGCAUCUCACUUUGAAGACUGUAGUUGUAGAAGGCUUUUCAAGCAAGUCUGGUGUCCAAGGGAAGAUGUAAAGACCGAAGACUGGACCAGUGGCUUUGGAAAUUGGCAAUGACAAUAAUAGGAUUCACCUGGACAUAGGGGUUUUCUCUGCAAGGAAUAGGAUGGCCCUAGAUCAUCUCUUCACCAGAUUCCCUCAGUCUGAUAGGCAGUUCCUGAGGGUCUUUGGGGCAAGUUUGAGAGGGUAUUACAGACGAUGUUACAGACCAAACUGAAGAAAUAGGUGGGGUGUGGGGGAGGGGACUGGGCCAGCUCACUAGGGGCCAAGUGCCCUGCUGAGCUGACUCCAACGUGGAUGAGAUGCGGCCCCGCCCCUCGCCACAGCUGCUGCGAUUACCUCGCUACUGCUGUUCCUUCGGGUGCUGCUGGCCGGUCUGCGCGCACCCCUCUCCGGCACUGUUUUCUACCACCCCACUUAAUACGCUAGGUCUGCGUAAGUGGCCGCUUCCAGCAACCGCAGAGAAAUCGCUGCGGCCACGGUACCUGGCCUCUGGCUGUGAAGGCGGGAUCCCCUGCAGCCCCAGCUGGCGCGGAGGUGCGCAAGCAGACACCUGUGGGCGGGCAGGUGGCGGCGCGCAGCCAAUCGCCGCGCGAGCUCCUUAAGGCCGGCGGCGCGGCGGAAGCGCGUGGCAGCACGUGGCCGCACGCACCCGGCGCCCCGGGCGGAGCUGCGUGGCCAUGGACGUGGGCGCCGACGAGUUCGAGCAGAGUCUCCCUCUGCUGCAGGAGCUCGUCUUGGGCGCUGACUUCGUGGGUCUGGACAUAGAAUUCACGGGCCUUCGCUCUAACCUGUCCCGCCCCCAGCAGAUCAGUCUCUUUGACUUGCCCUCGGAGUGGUAUCUAAAAACCCGCCACAGUGUCCAGCAGUUCACAAUCUGUCAGAUUGGAUUGUCUGUGUUUUCCAGUAUUGAAGGAGAGUCAAACAAGUAUGUAGCCCAUUCAUGUAACUUCUUUCUCUUCCCGACGACAUUUGGGAUCUUGGAUUCAGAAUUCUCUUUCCAGGCUUCUAGUGUUCAGUUUUUGAAUCAGUAUGGCUUCGACUACAACAAGUUUCUCAAAAAUGGGAUCCCGUAUAUGAAUGAAGAGCAGGAAAAGAAAAUUAAACACAACAUCCUGACUGGAAACUGGAGAGUUCGCAGUUCUCUGGAUAAAGACCAGAUCAAGGUGGUGAUCGAUGAGGUGACGAGGUGGCUGGACUUGGCAGAGGAGGGCGACUGGAUGACUCUCCCUGGUAUCACUGGCUUCCAGGCUUUUGAGGUCCAGCUGGUGCUGCGGCAGGCCCUCCCUGACAUCUGGACGGUCCCGAGAGACCAGGGGAUAAUAGUGAAAAAAGUGAGCAAACAGCAUCGGUGGUAUCUUGAGAACACCUCCGGUGAUCGAGCGAGCUGUUGGAAGGAGAAGAUUCUUCUCUCUGCAAGGGGUUUUUCCGUGUUUUUCCAGAUGCUGGUGAAAGCCCAAAAGCCCUUAGUGGGCCACAACAUGAUGAUGGACCUGCUGCAUCUCCACGAGAAGUUCUUCAGGCCACUCCCAGAAAGCUAUGAUCAGUUUAAGCUGAACAUCCACAGCCUGUUUCCUGUUCUCAUUGACACCAAGAACGUGACCAAGGAUAUCUGGAAGGAACUGAAUUUCCCAAGGGUUUCAAAUCUUUCAGAAGUUUAUGAAGUCCUAAACAGUGACUUGAAUCCGACCAGAAAUUCCGGGCCAGUGGUCAUACAUGCGAGCAAGUGUGAAAAAUACGUGGAGACCAAGUACCCCCACGAGGCUGCGUACGAUGCCUUCCUCUGUGGAUCAGUUCUCCUGAAAGUGGCCCACUUGCUCGCAUGGAGAGUGCACGGCGCCGGCUCCAUGCCAGAGCCCUCCUUCCCUCUGUACCUCGACGUGCUGGCUCCCUAUGUGAACCAGGUGAAUUUAAUCCGAGCCGGGGUCCCUAAGAUUAAUUUCUCAGGUCCAGACUGCCCCAGUAUCCGACCUCCCAUCCUCCUCCUCCAUGUCCGGAAGUGGCCGGGGGUCAGCGAGCAGCAGGUCUACCGUGAGUUUCAGAAUCUCUGCAAGUUCGAUGUGCGGCGACUCUCGCGGAGCCAGUUCCUGCUUUUGACCAAUAAGUUUAAGGAUGCUCGGAGCAUCCUGAAGGAGUACAGGGGCCACCCCACCCUGCAGGUGUCCCUGUACCGGUACUGGAGGCACUCCCCGAACGUCAGCUGCCUGUUGCAGGUCUGUGGCGUGGUCACCACCUGGGCCCUCCUGGCGCUUCUCCUCGGAAGACCUGGCCACUGAGGGCAGCUGGCAGCCCUUUCCCAUCUCCGCCCCUCUCUGGGACAGCCAUCCGUGUGGGCUUUUUGCGGGUUUUGUUUGUGUAAAUCAUAUUUUACUUGCAAACCAAUCUGUGGUCCUUAUGAGGAACUUUAUUUUGAGGGUGAAAUUCUGUAAUGAUUAUCAAUGAUAAAGAAAUCCUUAGAUGUGGUACUUUUGUGGCUAGAACUUUUCUUUCUAUAAAUGGGGAGACGUCCGCAUCUCGGGGAAUUUUGGCUAGACCCCCGGAGGGUCUCACGUGCAGACAGACUAGCACGGGAGCUGGACAACAGGUGAACCAAAGGCUCCAUUAUUUCUGGGAGAAAAAUCCUUGGCCACUAGGCCAUUUCCCAGACCUAAACCCCUACCAGCCUGAGUUUAGUAAA